UCACCCGUUCCCAACGAAACCGUAAGCAACCUACACGACUCCCCCUCGUUUCUGAAUUCCACCGUCUCUCUCUUAAUUCCUCCUUAAAUUAAAUAUUUGUCUUAUACUCCUCUUGCGGUUUUUCGAUUCUGGUAUUUCCUUCUGCUACUUCGGAGCUCUAUGUCAUCCUCAGCAAUGGCCUCAUUCCAUCAUAAGUAAAGUUUUCCAUCUCUCCAUUUUGUCAGAGCAUAAAGCCUCUCUGCGUAGCAAUCCAUGCCAUCAAUUUUAGGAGCUAGGACAACCUUUGAGUGCUUCGCAGCAUAUAAGGUGCCCUACACAUAGUGGGUGAUCUGGUGCAUACUCCACUUGCAUAUGAUGGCCUUGACCAAUGGAAUGGUUGAUGCACAUGUCAAGCAACCACUAUUCUCUUUUGGAGUUAUCACUGAUGUUCAGUAUGCUGACAUUCCUGAUGGGCGUUCAUUCCGUGGCAUCCCUCGAUAUUACCGACAUAGUAUUAUGGUUCUUCAAAAGGCAGUUAAGAAAUGGAAUGAGCAUGGGAAGCUCAAAUUUUCUGUUCAUUUUGGGGAUAUAGUUGAUGGCUUUUGUCCGAAACAUGAAUCUAAGAAUGCUGUUGAAAAGGUCAUUGAGGAAUUUCAGGAAUUCAAGGGCCCUGUUUAUAAUAUGUUGGGCAACCAUUGUCUUUACAAUCUCCCUCGCGACAAUCUGAUUGAAUUGCUGAAAAUACCCACUCUCCAUGGUCAUGCAUACUAUGACUUUACGCCAUCACCACAUUAUAGAUUUGUCGUACUUGAUGGUUAUGAUAUCAGCGCCAUAGGCUGGCCCGAGGGUCACCCUCAUCAAUUGGAGGCUAUGGAUUUGCUGUAUAAGAAAAACCCAAAUAUUGAUAAGAAUAGCCCUAUGGGAAUGGUUGGUCUAGAGAGAAGGUUUCUGAUGUUCAAUGGUGGUGUUGGACAGGGACAAUUAGAAUGGUUGGAUGGUGUCCUCCAAGAUGCGACCAUGUGCGAACAGAGAGUAGUUGUUUGCUGCCAUCUCCCUCUGGAUCCAGGUGCUGCAUGUGAAGAAGCAUUAUUAUGGAACUAUGAUGAAGUGAUGAAUAUUAUUCAUAGAUUUAAGUGUGUGAAGGCCUGCAUAUCUGGCCAUGCUCAUGAAGGUGGAUAUUCAAUUGAUUCUCAUGGAGUUCAUCAUAGAGUUCUUGAAGCUGCUCUCGAGUGCCCUCCUGGUUCAGAUGCAUUUGGCUAUAUGGAUGUCUACCAUGAUAGAUUAUCUCUUGUGGGAACUGACAGGAUGAAAAGCACCGAAAUGGCCUUUGAAUCCUAGGAUAUUACUUUUCGAAGAUGUAUGCUUUUGGGCAUUUCAGCUGAACUUCCUUGACUUUUCAGAAGCCAUUUAUGAAGUGUAAUAUCAAGGGUUAUACGAAUCGGGUGUUGCCAACAGAGGAGCAUUUGAGGGUGUUCCGGUGGGAUUGUUUUAUUUUACUGGUAGUUAAUGGUGGGGGGUAAGACAUGGAACAUUUAUUGACAAUUUUCACAAUUACAAGUCACUUCCACAGAAAACAUAAGUUGAAGAAUCAGGCAGAUGAGAGGACUCAUGCAUGUCUGUUGCCUUCGGCUAGUUGAGUAAUCAUUCUUUUAUUUAUUUUGAAUAUUCAUUUUA